AUGCCUGACGUCAAGAGAACAGUCCGCUUGGUUACGGAGCAGCAUAUCAUAGACAAGCCGUCGGAGGUGGAAGGCUUUCCCCAGCGAUCGUGGUCUAUCGAGGUCUGGCUCCUCAAUGAGCGAGGUGAACAAGUGCCCGCCACUAUCUUCGAAAGGGUGACAUACCGCUUGCACCCGAGUUUCGGGGAUCGCGCUACGCAGGUGGUCAAGAGCCCCCCGUUUCGCAUCCAGGAAGAAGGAUGGGGUGAGUUUGACAUGACCAUCGACCUGACCGCGGACAAGACACACCCUAUCUCGCAUGACUUGAACUUCUCCACCGAACGGUACGAGAGCAAGCACGUUAUCGUGUUCAAGAACCCCAAGCCGGCCCUCCUGGCUGCUCUCCGCGAAUCUGGCCCCGUCCCCGGCGAUGAAAACGGGUUGAAGAAGCGGGCUGCGGGUGGUGAUGAGAGUACAAAGAAGAAGAAGCGGACCGAGAAGAACGUUGACAUGGACAAACUAGCUGAUGGUCUCCAAAAACUCAACGAGGAUGACCUGCUGCAGGUUGUGCAGAUGGUGCACGACAACAAGGCUGCGGACUCGUAUACCAAGAACGAUGUCGAGCUCGGCGAGUUCCAUGUCGAUCUGUAUACCCUCCCUGACAGCCUGAUCAAGAUGCUGUGGGACUUCACGGCAGAACGGGGUGCAAUCUAG